AUGGUAUACAACUUAAAGCAUAUAUAUGCAAGCUCAGCUCUGCUGAGACACACUGCAAGUACGUUCCUCCCAACCGAUUGCUUCCUUAUCCAGUCAAGAAGACCACAAAGUUCAGCAAUGGCCAUCACUGACAUCCUUUCUGCUAAAGAUAUUGAAUCUGCUCUCUCCAGCUGCCAGGCUGACGAUUCCUUCAACUACAAAUCUUUCUUCUCCACGGUUGGUUUAUCCGGCAAAACUCCUGAUCAAAUAAAGAAAGUUUUUGGAAUCCUUGAUCAGGACAAGAGUGGUUUCAUCGAAGAAGAGGAGCUUCAGCUGUUUCUGAAGAAUUUCUCUUCAAGCGCCAGAGUCCUCACCUCCACGGAGACCAAGGCGUUUCUGGCUGCAGGUGACACUGAUGGUGAUGGCAAAAUCGGAGUGGAAGAAUUCCAAUCCCUGGUGAAGGCAUGAACAACAUUACACCAAAGGCAACCUUGGACUGACUCUUCCAAUUACCUCGUCCAACAAGCACUUAGCACUCAGCAUGUGUUUGUACAUUUUUGUAUUGUUUCAGGCAUUAACAAUUCCCCAUGAAUCAAGUUCACACAGCAGAUUGCUGAGAGAUCUUGCAAUGUACAGAUAUUUUGGUCACGUGGUAUUGUUACAUUUCCAUUGUAAAGAUGGCACUUUGUGAUUUUCAACUACUCAUAAUGUUGAAAUUGUGGCUGGAAGGGGGUGGGAAUUUUAAAAAACAACUAGGGGAAAAAAGCUGCUUUUUAAUUUUUGUUAAGGUUUUCCAUCCUCAUACUUGACCAUGCUGACUUGCCAGACACAGUUUUCAUGAUCUUAAACAAUAUGAUAUCUCUUAAGGCUUAAUUGCACUGAUUUCACUGAGUGUUAUUUCUGCUUAAUUCUCUGAUCCCUGACGAAAAGCAAUGCUAACAAGAUAGCAAAAAAUAAUUUCUAUGAAGUUCCAAUCCUAUGAAUAUGAGAAAAAAACUUAAGAGAAGUUGACACAUAGCUCAAAGCAUGGAGUAAGUUUGUGGGUAAUUUUACAAAAUGAAGCACUACACUACAGCAUGCAUCGUCAGAAAGUGUUUAUGGCCUGAAAUGUAACUCUCCCUUAAGAAGAUUUAUCUCUCAUGAAAUCUAAGGCAGCUGUGAGAUAGAGGAGAAGGGUCUAAUCCCAACUCUGACACUGUCACAAGUCGCAGUCCUUUGACAAAUGGCCCUGGAGGUUUUUCUGUGAAUCAUGAACAUGUUGCUUAUUGUCUCUUAGUAUGGACAAAACAAUAAUACUUUACCACACCCGAGAAUUUCUGUGUUUUCUACAGAUGAAACAACAGCCAGUCUUGCUGUUUGAUUACCUUAAAGCUCUGUUACAUUGCUAAACAAUGGCCAUCGCGCAAUUCUUUCAUUUAUUAUAAUGAAUAAUCAUCUAUAUAAUCCAUAAUAUUAGCAAUUUUUUUAAGUCUGAAAAUUACUAAGAACUAGUCCUUACUUUGGUAAGUGUCUUGGAGGAUUUAGAGCUUAUUAUAGCAUUGUCUUCAUUAAUGAACAAAGUAAACAAUGUCCACGGUUAAGUGCAGAGCUCAACAGACUGAGUAGAUGUUGUGCCUUUCUGGCUGAGUGAGCUGGAAAUUUCCCCACCAACAGUUAGUUUUCUCCUUUCCCAUCUACCAUGACGUGGUUCCAGCUUACAAGUAGGCUGUCUUUUUAAUACUCCCUGCUGAAACUGGAUGAUAAUUAUAACAUACUUUGGCAGCUGUUUCGAAGAAGAGCAGAAACAAAGCAUUCUGGAACUUUUAUGUAACGUUCGAUGUUGGCAUUUUCAUGAAUUGUGAGAUGAUUAUGUGAGGCAAGCGCAGCUCACUCAUACCCAGGCAUGUAAGGGAGCUGUUUGGAAGAUUUAAGAUGGCUAAUGCAAAAGAGGAAUUCUAGCAAUCAGACUCACUGAAGCCUUGGCAGAAUUAUAAUGAAUAUAAAUCCUAAUUCUAUCCCCACCGCCUUUGAUGUUAAAUCUAGGCUUAAAUUAUAGCUGCUGUUAAUUGCAGCACUGGAAUAUUUUGCAUAACGAUGAGCCUCUGUUGGUUCCUUUUACCUUAUUCAUUUUCCUGCCUGCUGAAGAAAAAAAUCCAGAGCAAUCCAUAUCCGGAGCAACAUACAUAUGUACUAUAUAGAUUAACUCUUCACACUGUUCAUCACUGAAAUAUCACGUCACUAGUUCACAAGCAGAUGGCACACAUGAUACCAUAAGUGACAGACCUGAUACUACAUUCUUUGCACGUCUGAAAGCCUCAUGUGGAAUGCAAGAAAUGCAAGACUACAGACGUGGCCUACCCUGUAUUUCAUAGACACUAAGCAACUGCACAUCACUGCCUUCUGUUGCCACAAGGGGGAAUUAAGUACUUCUGAGAAUCAGGCUAUUCUUGUGCCUGCUGCAACUUCAUGUAAAACUUAAAGAAUUUUGUUUAUGGGAAAAUCUGCUCUUCUUAAACAGAAACUCAUGGCAAGAAGAUGAGUUUUGAAUCUUAGUAAAACCAUCCAACCAUCUCAUUAGAAGGAAUUACAACAGAACUCAAAAAAGUCCCCAAUUUAAAAUUAAGCCCAUAGACUGUUCAGCAGAACCGCAUCUAGCCCCUAUUAAGUCUUCUGCUGGCACCAGGACCCACAUUUUCAGAGUUAACCAAGCUAGAAGAGAAUAUUUUCCACUUUAAGGAAAUAAAAUCCAAAAAUGUAGAGUUUUCUUGGAAUGUUCAUUUAAAUGAAUUUAAGUUCAGCCAGUGGCAGCCGUCAAUUUUCCUAGGGAAGACCAUGGAGAAUCUCUGAACCUGACAUCAUCACGCUAGAGAAAAAAACUUUGAUUGCAGGAUGUCUAUGUAGAUACUAUCUGAAGUCAUGAAGAGAUAAAUGGUAACAUCAUACUGUUACCACAACUAAGUUAUACAAACACACAGUAAUUCAUGCUGGAAAGGCUCUCUGAAGGUCUCUGAUCCAAUCGGUUCCUCAGAAAGCCAACCCAGGGCAUGUUGCUGUAAGCUGAGUUGGAGUACCUUCAAGGAUGGAGGUUCUAUAAUCUCUCUGGGCAACCUUAUAAGUAAGGAUUAAACCUUCUGCAUCAAAUUUUUAUAAAUGGAGUACAAAAAUAAAACACUGCUGAGUACACAGUUAAAAUUCUGUUAGAAAUUGUUUAUGCUACAUCAAAUCAGAA